AUGGAACAUUACAGUAUUCUUGGACGCAUCGGUGAAGGUGCCCAUGGAAUAGUUUUAAAGGCCAAACAUAAUGAGAGUGGAGAACUUGUUGCUUUAAAGAAGGUCCCUUUACGGAAACUGGCCGAUGGGAUUCCAAACACAGCCCUCCGAGAGAUAAAAACCCUUCAGUUCAUUGAAUUUAGCCCUUAUGUUGUUCAUCUACGAGAUGUUUUUCCGCAUGGUACUGGUUUCGUUCUUGUUUUUGAGUAUAUGGUUACGGACCUGAGUGAGGUUAUUCGUAAUUCACAACCUCCUCUUACUGAAGCUCAAUCUAAAUGCUAUAUGUUAAUGAUAUUAAGGGGAGUUGAAGUUAUGCAUGCUAAUGGCAUAAUGCAUAGGGAUCUGAAACCUGCCAAUCUAUUGAUCAGUUCUACAGGUAUCCUAAAAAUUGCCGAUUUCGGUCUUGCAAGAGUUUUUGAAAAUAAUAACGAGAGAUUAUAUAGUCAUCAGGUGGCUACGAGAUGGUAUCGGGCACCUGAACUCUUAUAUGGAGCAAAAAAAUAUACAAACAGCGUUGAUUUAUGGGCUGUUGGAUGUAUCUUCGGUGAACUGUUGAAUAGUUCUCCAUUGUUUCCGGCAGAAAAUGAUAUUGAACAACUGUGGUUUGUUGUACGUGUGCUUGGAACUCCGAAUGAAGAAAUGUGGCCAGAGAUUAAAGAACUCCCUGAUUAUAACAAGAUAAGUUUCAAUGUUUGUGAAACUAUACCAUUCGAAGAAGUUCUUCCAGAUGCAUCAAUCGAAGCUAUCGAUCUUGUUGGCAAAUUUUUGGUGUAUCCACCACAUCAUAGGCUAACAGCAACUGAAGCAUUAAAACAUCCAUAUUUUACAACAGAGCCGCUACCAGCUCAACAUUCAGAGCUUCCUGUGGUUUCUCCGAAUCGCAGUACCUUGACACACCCACAAGAAACUUACGAAAGUUGUCUUACAACUCCAUUGAAUUCUAUUCUAGUUGAUCAUCAGUUGCUUAAUGAAGGUGUCACUUUACUUCAGGAUAGAUUUAAAAACUCUCAGAAUAAUUCAACACGUAUACGUUGUACAUCACCGAAUCAAGUAGCUGUUCGAUUAUUAUAG